CUUGUAGUCCAUCAGGGAGAUCUCUCCGGAUGAGUAGGCCGGAAUGAAUUUUAUUUUUUUUAAAGAAAAUGUCGAUACAAUAUGACAAUUAGUCGUAAAAUCGGUAUGCGCCUUAUCUUCGAAUACUCCAUUACCAUUUUAAAAGAUGACAAUCCAAUAUGACGCCUUCUGUUCUCCGAAUACGUAAUUUUCCGUUGGAAAAGAGGUAAACCCAAACCAAAAACAGAUUAUCCGAUUCGAAGUUUCGAACUCGCCACUACGUAUCCGAAUCCGAAUACGAUUAGAACGAUCGUCAUCUCUACUAUAUAACGAUGUCUCCCCGUGGAUCUCAUGAACCCCCGAUCUCUCUCUCUCAAGCCACACCGAGUAGCACGUACGACUGCACGAAGCGGCAGAGAGGCUAGGGCCGACGUGCAUUACGCAAGUGCUCGCGAGGUGGCAACAAUGACCAGCGAAUCGCCGGCCAUGGCGACGGCGCCGGUGCCGGAGCCGGAGCCGCAGCCGGAGCUGUCCACGGCGGCGGCCAGACGGCAGGAUGAGGAGCGGAAGACAGCGCUCAGGAUCAUCCGCAACGAGCUGAGGCUGCUCUGGCGUGACCCGCCGCCGUACUUGCGGCCCGGGCCGGAGCCCGUGACGGACCCCUUCCACUGGGAGGUGGUCAUCGACGGCCCCGCCGGCACCCCCUACGCCGGCGGCACGUUCCCCGUCGACAUCCAGCUCCCCGCCGCCGGCUACCCCUUCGUCCACCCCAAGGUCACCUUCAAGACUCUGGUUUUGACUUUUACGAAACUUGCUCUUUCAAAAAAAAUUGCAUGGAUCGAAUUUGAGUGCUUGUCUCUGCAACCGCAGGUAUACCAUCCCAACAUCGACGAGGAAGGGAACAUGGUGCUGGACGCCGAGAGCUGGAGCUGCGCCACCAAGCUCCGCGGCCUCCUCAUCGGCUUCGUCUCCGUGCUCUACGACCCGCUGCUCGACUACCCGAUCAACUACGACAUCGCCGAGCAGUACGCGUACGACUACGAGCGGUACGAGGCGGAGGCCAGGGCGUGGACGCGGGAGUUUUCCUCGGCGCCCGUCGUCUCGCACUACCCGCCCAACGCCGUCGUCGGCAGGACGCCGCCGGCCGUUCCUCACUUCCCGGCGACGGCAGCCAGGAGAAGAGCGGAAGCGGAAGCUAGGAGAAGAGCUGCUGCCGCUGCUGCAUCUUCAGGUUCAGGUGAGAGCCUGUGGAGGAGGGUAAUUGGGUAUAUUCAGAGCUGGUCUCCUUACCGGCUACUUCAUACAGACUAGCUGAACAAACUCGAGGAAAAUUCUGUGUAGAAUGGUUUAUAUGUUUACUGUAUUGAGACUUGAGAGGUAUAUAUAUAUACCUCUAAUGUGGCUGUAAAGAAUUUGUACGUGAUUAGUACAGGAAGGCUGUGCUGACGAGAGUUUGUCUGAGCGACUGGUAUUGUUCGAUGAGUUGGCAUCUUUAAGACUUUAGGUCUAUAUUGAGAC